AACGGUUUGUUGCUUGCGGCGUGGUGCCUGUGAUUGUGACAGUAACCAUCCUGACAGCUCGGUAGCCACCAACUCCUAUCUGCUAAUCUAGAACUGCCACUUAGAAUCACACCAUGAGGGAAAUUGUACAUCUCCAGGCUGGUCAGUGUGGAAAUCAAGUUGGAGCUAAGUUCUGGGAAGUGAUUUCUGAAGAACAUGGAAUAGACCCUAGUGGUAUUUACACUGGAGAUAGCGAAUUGCAAUUAGAAAGAAUAAAUGUAUACUACAAUGAAGCUACAGUUGCAACACGUAGCAAUGGAGGCAAAUACGUUCCAAGAGCCAUUCUUUUGGAUUUGGAACCAGGUACGAUGGACUCAGUACGCUCUGGGAUCUACGGAAGACUAUUCAGACCAGACAACUUCGUUUUUGGACAAUCGGGAGCUGGUAAUAAUUGGGCUAAAGGUCAUUACACAGAAGGCGCAGAGCUAGUCGAUGCUGUCCUUGAUGUUGUGAGGAAGGAAGCGGAAAAUUGUGACUGCCUACAAGGAUUCCAACUUACCCAUUCGCUUGGUGGAGGUACCGGGUCCGGUAUGGGUACCUUAUUGAUUUCUAAAAUCAGAGAGGAAUAUCCAGAUAGAAUAAUGAAUACCUACUCUGUAAUGCCUAGUCCUAAAGUAUCCGAUACUGUCGUAGAACCCUAUAAUGCUACCCUUUCUGUUCAUCAACUGGUAGAAAAUACUGAUGAAACCUAUUGUAUCGAUAACGAAGCUCUUUAUGACAUUUGCUUCAGAACUUUGAAAGUACCAAAUCCAAGUUAUGGGGAUCUUAAUCAUCUAGUAUCUUUAACUAUGUCCGGUGUUACUACAUGUUUGAGGUUCCCUGGUCAACUCAAUGCUGAUCUCAGAAAAUUAGCUGUUAAUAUGGUUCCAUUCCCUCGUCUUCAUUUCUUCAUGCCAGGUUUCGCACCUUUGACAUCCCGUGGUAACCAACAAUAUAGGGCUCUUACGGUGCCAGAGCUCACCCAACAAAUGUUCGAUGCAAGAAACAUGAUGGCUGCCUGUGAUCCAAGGCACGGACGAUAUUUGACAGUUGCUGCUGUGUUUAGAGGAAGAAUGUCGAUGAAGGAGGUUGAUGAACAAAUGUUAGCUGUACAGAACAAAAAUAGCAGUUAUUUCGUUGAGUGGAUACCGAACAAUGUCAAAACGGCUGUUUGUGAUAUUCCUCCAGUUGGUUUGAAAAUGUCCUCGACAUUUAUUGGAAACACCACCGCCAUUCAAGAACUCUUCAAAAGGAUCUCAGAACAGUUCGCAGCCAUGUUUAGGAGAAAAGCUUUCUUACAUUGGUACACUGGAGAAGGGAUGGAUGAAAUGGAAUUCACUGAAGCUGAAUCCAACAUGAAUGAUUUGGUAUCUGAAUAUCAACAAUACCAAGAAGCGACAGCUGAUGAAGACUUUGAAGUUGAAGAAGAACCCGCUGGAGAUGAUUUCAACUGUUGAACUUUUUUCAAAUGAUUCCUUUUGUUUUUUCUUCUUUGGAGAAGUGGCAAACUAGUCUUCAAUUUUUCAAAUAUCUUUAUUACUUUAAGAGGAGAAUAAUUUAUUGAUACCGAAAUAUUAAUUUUUAGAAACACUUUUCAUACUUUUAUAUAGAACUAUAUUAGAUAUAAGAGUGAAGCCCUAGUCGACUCUCGAUUGUUCAUUGACUUGAAUUUUUGUUUUUUUAUAAAUCAUUGGAUGUAUGACGAAGACUGAAUUUAAUAUGGAUUUUUUGGGGCUGAGUUAUUUAUUUACUACUGUCGCAAUGUUUGCAAUAAAUAAAUAUGGAAACUGA